ACCGGUCAGCCCUAAAGACUUCCUAUUUAGUUCGGCUGAUCCCCCAAUCCUCUACUCGCCUCCACCCAGAUACUCCAGGGAAUAAACUUCGAACGCCCGCCCAAGAAGCGGCGACGGCGCCAUGGGGGAUCGGCCAAAGCUUCCUGCCCGCUACGAGCAGGUGAAGCUGCUCGGCGAGGGUAAUUUCGCCAAGGUCUACCUCGCGCGGCACAUGGAUACCAAGGAGGAGGUGGCCAUCAAGGUGAUGGAUAAGGAGAAGCUGAUCAAGUUGGGCGCCGUUCAACAGAUCAAGCGCGAGAUCGCCGUGAUGCGCCGCCUGCGUCACCCCAACAUCGUGCAGCUCCACAAGGUGAUGGCCUGCAAGUCCCGCAUCUUCGUCGUCAUGGAGUACGUCCGCGGCGGCCCGCUCUACCGCCACAUCCCCGCCAACGGCGGCCUCAAGGAGGACGAGACGCGCCGCAUCUUCCAGCAGCUCGUCUCGGCGCUCACCUUCUGCCACGCGCAGGGCGUGUACCACCGCGACAUCAAGCCGGACAACCUACUCGUCGACGAGCACGGCAAUCUCAAGGUCGCCGACUUCGGCCUCUCCGCCCACGCCGACACGGCUCGCCGGGAGGCGCUCCUCCACACCGUCUGCGGCACGCCCCUCUACGUCCCUCCCGAGGUGUUCGCGCGCCGGGGCUACGACGGUGCCAAGGCCGACGCCUGGUCCUGCGGCAUCGUCCUCUUCGUGCUUGCCGCCGGCCGCAAGCCCUUCCGCGACGACGACUUCAUCACCUUGUACCGGACAAUCUGCCGCGGUGACUACCGUUGCCCACGCACCUUCAGCCCUGAACUCGUGCGGAUAGUACGCCGCCUCCUCCAACCAAACCCGGCGCACCGGAUCACACUUCUGCAGAUCAAGGAAACAGAUUGGUUCAAGAAAGGCUUCAAAGAAAUAAGUUUCUACAUCGACAACAAGGACUGCCUGCGCAGCCUUGAUGGCUCCGAAGAGCCCGAUCUCUGUGACUCUGACUCCGAGGACGAGACUGCCAUGUCUUCAUCAUCCUCAGGCUCUUCCUCUCCUGUGGCACAUGGCGACGGCGGCAUGCACACCUCGGUGUCAGCGCCGUCGCUGGUAAAUCUGGAGAAGAUGCACAUUGCUGCAGCUCGUACCACCGAGCCACGCAUAAGACGGAUCAAGAGCAUGAACGCGUUCGACAUCAUCGCCUCCUCGCCAAGCUUCGAUCUGUCCGGGCUGUUUGAGGAGCGCGGCGAGCAGUUGCGUUUCGUGUCCAGCGCGCCGGUGAACACCAUCAUCUCCAAGCUGGAGGAGAUCGCGGGGCAGGUUAGCUUCACGGCGCGCACCAAGGAUUGCCAAGUGAGCUUCGAGGCGACAAGAAAUGGGCACAAGGGAGCGCUGGCCAUAUCCACCAAGAUAUUCCAGCUCACGCCGGAGCUCGUCAUGGUCCAGGUAUGCAAGAAAGCCGGAGACACUGCUGAAUACCGGCAAUUCUGCGGCAGUGAGCUCAAGCCUGGUCUUCGAGGUCUCGUGGAUGGCCUGCCUGAGGAUGGCCUUCCCCCGACGGUGAAUGUUGCUUGAAAUUUUAGAGAAUUUAUUGUGGGGUGAAAAGCAGCAGGGAUUGAUUCAGAAGCAUCUUCACUUUUUUUCCCAUCGUUUAGUAGUUCAGUUUAGGACUAAAUAGUGUUAAUGGUGGAUCAUAGAUGUAUCAUGGCACUAAGUUCAGUUGUUGUGUAUUCUGUACAUUAGGGAUGAUAUUACUUGUUGCUAAUUUAAGUUUCACAGACUGUUUUCUGCAGUUAAGUUAAUUUUGAGGUUGAUUUGGUAUUAAAA